AUGUUCGGGCGCACACUCGCCCUCGCUGCAGUCUUCGCUACGACUGUUUUGUCGGCUGCUGCGUCCCUGGAGGAGUGCCCGGGGUACAAGGUAUCAAACGUCAGGGACAAUGGCCAUACUCUGAAAGCGGACCUCCGGCUCGCAGGCAAAGCAUGCAAUGUUUACGGCGAGGAUAUCAGGCAGUUGAAGCUCCGUGUUGAAUACCAGACUCAUGAACGGUUGCAUGUUAUCAUUGAGGACUCUAAAGAAGACGUAUAUCAGGUCCCUGAGUCUGUGUUUCCUCGACCAGAGUCUGAAGAGAAUGACAGUGCUUCGACAAAAUCAGCUUUAAAAUUCUCCAUGACCCAGAAGCCAUUCUCCUUCAAAGUAACCAGGCGAGCUACUGAUGAAGUCAUCUUUGAUACAUCCAACUCUCCUUUGAUCUUUGAAUCUCAGUAUCUACGCCUUCGCACUUCUCUGCCGGAUGAGCCCAACUUGUACGGACUAGGAGAGCACAGUGACCCUUUACGCCUACAGACAGAAGAUCUUGUUACUACACUUUGGAAUAGAGAUGCCUUUGGUAUUCCUCCUGGCACUAACUUGUACGGUUCACACCCGGUCUAUUAUGACCAUCGAGGGAGAUCAGGCACUCAUGGUGUCUUUCUCUUGAACUCCAAUGGCAUGGAUGUCAAGGUAGGGAGUGAGGAUGGUGACAACGGAAAAAAGUACCUGGAAUAUAAUAUCCUAGGAGGCGUCUUAGACUUUUAUUUCAUGGCUGGACCGACGCCAAAGGAGGUUGCUUCUCAAUAUGCUGAAGUGGUUGGCCUGCCCGCCAUGAUGCCCUACUGGGGUUUUGGACUUCAUCAAUGCCGGUAUGGCUACCGGGACGCUUUUAAUGUUGCCGAGGUGGUCUACAACUAUAGCCAGGCUGGUAUCCCCUUGGAAACUAUGUGGACGGAUAUCGACUACAUGGACGGACGCAAAGUCUUCACACUGGACUCGAAGCGCUUCCCCAUAGACGAGAUGAGAGCCCUAGUAGAGUACCUCCACGAUCGCAACCAGCAUUACAUUGUCAUGGUAGAUCCAGCAGUGAGCUACGGCGACAAUGACGCCUUUGAGAGAGGGAAAACGCAAGACGUGUUCAUGAAAUCCAAGGACGGAGCAAUCUAUAAAGGCGCCGUCUGGCCUGGUGUCACUGCAUUUCCUGAUUGGUUUCAUCCCGGGACUCAAGAUUACUGGAAUAAUGAGUUCAAAUUGUUUUUCGACCCUGAAAAAGGAAUAGACAUCGAUGCUCUCUGGAUAGAUAUGAACGAGGCUUCUAAUUUUUGCGAUUGGCCGUGUUCUGACCCUGAAGGGUGGGAAAGAGACCAUGAUCUACCACCAGCUCCUCCACCAGUCAGACCGAUCCCAAGACCGCUACCUGGAUUUCCGGAUAAACUCCAGCCUGGUAGCGUUAGGCUUGUCAAGCGUGAUGGAACAAGAUUAAGAAGCAAAGCUGGCUUGCCAGGUCGUGAUCUUAUUGAUCCGCCAUACAGGAUCCAGAACGAAGCUGGAUCUAUCAGCAACAAGACCUUGAAUACUGACCUGGUUCAUGCCAAUGGUCUAGUUGAGUAUGAUACUCAUAACCUUUACGGCACUAUGCUAACUAAAUACAGGCUCGGUGAUAAUCUCAGUGAAUGGAGCCAGUACCGGUUUUCAAUUUCCCAGAUCCUUCAAUUUGCAGCUAUAUACCAGGUUCCCAUGGUAGGAGCUGACGUAUGCGGCUUUGGUGGUAACGUCACGGAAGAAUUAUGUGCUAGAUGGGCUAUGCUAGGUGCCUUUUACCCGUUUUAUAGGAAUCACAACGAUAUUGCUGGCCGAGACCAGGAAUUUUACCGCUGGGAGUCCGUAACCGAGGCAGCAAGGACUGCCAUUGGAAUCAGAUAUAAACUCCUUGACUACAUCUACACUGCUUUCCACCGUCAAACACAGUCUGGAGACCCCGUUUUGAACCCACUCUUCUACAUCUACCCAGAGGAUGAAGAUACCUUUGCAAUCGACCUACAGUUCUUCUACGGCGAUGCUUUGUUGGUUAGUCCGGUAACGGAAGAAGGUGCCACUAGUGUUGAAAUAUAUCUGCCUGAUGAUAUCUUCUAUGAUUACUAUACAGGGGAACCUAUUGAAGGAAAGGGAGACCUGAUAACAAUGGAGAAUGUCCCCAUCACGCACAUUCCCCUUCACUUCCGCGGCGGACAAAUUGUCCCAAUGCGCGCCGACAGUGCCAAUACAACCACCGAGCUGCGAAAACAGCCAUUCGAACUUGUCAUCUGCCUCGACCGUGAGGGUAACGCAGAAGGUAGCCUCUAUCUAGAUGAUGGUGAUUCCCUUGAGCAACCCCAUACAUCAGAAAUCAACUUUGAAUACCACAACGGAGUCCUCAAAGUCUCUGGAAAGUUCGAUUUCCAAAACGAGGAAGCUUUAGAGAUCAAAAACAUAUUUGUCCUGGGUUACAAGCAGGAUAUGAAUGUUCAAGACAAAGGGAAUAUGAACAAAGACUCCCAAUAUGAUGCGAGAUUGAAAAAGCUGGCUAUCAAAGCUAAAAUUUUACUUACGGGGCCUUCUGAAAUGACUCUUCACUAG